AUUUUUUUUUUUUGGAACACUUAAUUAGGUAACAAAUUCUACGUAUUGCUCGAGACGAGACCGAGCUAAGAUUUUGGUUAACUUGAAUGCAAAAUUCCAAAUUGCAAAUAGAGACAAUGAAGAGGCGUAACAAGAAGUUGAAGAGAGCGCAGAACAAUAUCAAUGCAAAUAGCAUAAGUAACGGUAACUGUAAGAGUAAGGAGCAGGAGCUUGAGGCACCCGGCAGCAAUGAGCUGGAGAUUGAGGUGCCGAUCUUUGGGCUGGUGUCCAAGGAGCGCCCCUGGCCGCGCACAGAGCGCAACUGUGUCUACUACAGCACCGACUGCGACAAGACGGCGCUGAUCAACAACUUCCAGAAGCGCGGCUGGCAGAAGGUGCCCGCCUUCGAUGGCGAAUGGAAUCUGUACUGGGCAUGCGCUCAGAACUGUCGCUACAUCUUUGGCGUGGAUCAUCCGUAUCGCAUGCGCUCCGAUCAGAUGAUCAAUCACUUUCCCAAUUCGAUGGAAAUGUCACGCAAGGAUUUGCUGGUGAAGAACAUCAAGCGCUAUCGCAAGGAUCUGGAGCGCAAGGGCGACGCUCUGGCGGAGCAGUUUGCAGCGAAUACGCGCAUGGGCAUUGGCGGCACACGCUACGUCCACUUGGAUAUUAUACCCAUGACAUUUGUGCUGCCGGCGGACUAUAAUCUGUUUGUCGAGGAGUUCCACAAGAAUCCGGCCAGCACGUGGAUUGUGAAGCCGUCGGACAAGUCGAAGGGCGUGGGCAUCUAUCUGAUCAACAAGCUCUCCAAGCUGAAGCGUUUCGCGUACGAGGCGCGCACCUUCUAUCCGCACUUCCAUCGCGACACCUGCGUCAUCUCCAAAUAUAUCGACAAUCCAUUGUUGAUUGGUGGCAAGAAGUUCGACCUGCGCCUCUACGUUCUGGUCACGACCUUCAAUCCCAUCAAGGCGUAUCUGUACAAGGAAGGCUUCUGCAGAUUCUGCACGCAGCGCUACGAUCAGACCGAGAUCGACAACGUCUUUAUGCAUCUGACCAACGUUAGCAUACAGAAGAAUAAUAAAGAAUACAAUGCCAUACAUGGCGGCAAGUGGUCCAUGCAGAAUCUCUGCCUCUAUCUGGACAGCAUACGCGGCGAGGGGGUCUCGGAGCUGCUCAGCCGUCGCAUCUCGGAUACGAUACGUCAUUCGCUGGAUGCGGUGGCGCCGGUAAUGGCCAAUGAUCGCCACUGCUUCGAGGUAUACGGCUACGACAUUAUUAUCGACAACAAUCUCAAGCCGUGGCUCAUUGAGAUCAAUACCUCGCCCUCCAUACACUCCACCACCAAGAACGAUUGCACCCUGAAGACGCGUCUCAUCGACAAUGUGCUCGACGUGGUCAUUCCGCCCACUGGCAUGCCAGACGAGCGUUGGGAGAAGACGCCGCACAAGGAUUCGCUGAAGAACUUUACGCUGCUCACGCCCGUGGCGCUGCCCAAGUCACGCGUACCGAAGAAGUUCAUGGUGCCAAGCCCAAACACAGUGCCGAUGGCAGCAGAGACAACAGCAGAGACAACGCCUACAGAUUCAGUUAUCUCCACGCCCAACACUGCGCCUGCCACGCCCUGCAAGACCAGCCAGGGCUUGAAACUCCGCCCCACGCGCGUCAUCAAACUGAAGGCCGCCAAGGUCAUCUCCCAGCUGAGUGCCCGCUCGCCCAUCAAGCGCUGAUCUUCCAGAUUUUCCAUCGACACUGCGCUUAUCAAGCGACAGAUUUAUUUAUUUUAAGUUGACAUCGAGCCUGAUUAGCCAUUGGUGCAGUUUCGAAAAGUUCGAUUAGUAGUUAACUCCCUUCUCGCUUCGAUUGUUCCAAGAAUUUGUGAAUAAAAUUUUUAUUUGUUUCAGUUGAAUAGAAAAUGCCAA